UGCCGAGUUCGCAACGCUCAACAAACCCAUAACGGCUCCUGAUCUCCGAAAACUCAUAGCCUACACAAGGAUAACUGUGUUGCGGCCCAUCGUGCCGUUUAAAGGCUUGGUCUCACUUUAUAGUGUACUACAUAAAGCCUCCGUCAAUCCGAACUGUGGCUCGAUCUUGGUGACUGGCAGUGAUGCUCGGACUUUCUGGCGAUUCCUCAGAGUCGCUAUGGACGAGAACCUCUCGAAAUGUGCGGAAAUAUGUCCGCAAGGCAAAUAAAGCAAUUAUGCGCUCUCACCGGGUUCGCAUUCCGAAGUGUGAUAUGCCUAUACGGUUCCGACCGUGGUUCCUCGUCUUCACCGCACUCAUCAUGCUCGUGCUCGCAUUCCUCGGAUUCACGAACUUCUCGCAUUCCCUACCGCUGAACGACAAACUCCUGCACUUUAUUUGUUUGUGCACCGCCACCGCCGUUUUCUACUUCAUAUUCGAUGUGGAAGAAGAUGCCCGCCGUGUAUGGUUCUGGCGUAGUGCGCCUCUCAUCAUUACCGGAAUUACCUGUUUUCUCGUUGGAGGUAUUGUCAGCGAGUUUGUCCAAGCUAUGCUUCCGUCCAAAGAGUUUCAGAUUGGCGACAUUGCGGCCAAUCUUCUGGGCUCUAGCAUAGGCUUGUACAUCUCAUACUAUCUCGAACGAUAUUAUCGCAAGAGACGCGAAAUUUCUCGACUGUACCGUCCGCUUAAUGACGACACAGCGCCAACGGAUGAUGAAGACGAGGAGGAAAGCGCGCUUCAGCUCCUUCCAAGUCAUUACCAGCCAAGCUCGCGAAGCACGCCGAAAAACGGUCGUGCGAGCACCUCAAAGGCGGACGCAGGUCCGAUUCGCUUGGGCGACGUUUGGAACGAAGGCGAGGAGCUGUUUGGCAUCGGCGAGGAUAGCGACGAGGAAGAC